CUUCUAUCUUUCUUUCUCUUAUCAAUCAAUCAAAACGAAACCAUCCUUGGAAGCUCUCUUCCACUCUCACUCUACUCUUCUAGUAACUGAAACUCCUUUAAUCUUUUCUCUUCAAAUGACCGACUCCACCAUCACCAACAUCGCCGCCGACGGCAGCCAUAUCGAGAAACUUUACGAGUUUGGCGAGCGUCUCAGUGAGUCCAAAGACAAGUCUCAGAAUGUGAAGGAUUACCAGGGGAUUAUGGAUGCAGCUAAAACGAGCAUCAAAGCGAAGCAAUUGGCGGCACAGCUAAUCCCUAGGUUCUUCAAGUUCUUCCCCGAGCUUUCCAGUCAAGCUGUCGAGACGCAAAUCGAUUUGAUUGAACAAGAAGAGCUCGCGGUUCGGGUGCAAGCGAUUAGGGGACUGCCGUUAUUCUGCAAGGAUACACCUGAGUAUUUGUCCAAAAUUGUGGAUAUUCUUGUGCAACUCCUUGCAGCUGAGGAAAUUGUGGAGCGGGAUGCUGUGCAUAAAGCCCUUAUGUCCCUGUUGAGGCAGGAUGUGAAAGCAUCUCUGUCUGCCUUAUUCAAGCAUAUUGGGACUGUUGAAGAACCAAGCACAGAUGAGCUCAUUCGUGAGAAAGUGCUGAGCUUUGUAAGAGAUAAGGUUUUCCCACUUAAAGCUGAACUCCUGAGACCUCAGGAGGAAAUGGAGCGUCAUAUAACUGAUUUGAUUAAAAAGAGCUCAGAAGAUGUAACUGGAGCAGAGUUCAGAAUGUUUAUGGACUUCUUAAAAACUUUGGGCAUAUUUGGACACAAAGCGCCUUCAGAACGCAUGAAAGAACUAGUUGAAAUAAUUGAAGGACAGGCUGAUUUAGAUUCAGCAUUUGAUGUGAAUCAUGUUUCGGAUACAGACCAUAUUGACAGAUUGAUAUCGUGCCUGUAUAUGGCACUUCCAUUUUUCCUGAGGGGUGCAUCGAGCAGCAGGUUCCUCAAUUAUUUGAACAAACACAUCGUACCUGUUUUUGACAAGUUGCCCGAUGAACGAAAGCUUGAUUUGCUCAAAGCACUUGCAGAAAUUUCACCUUUUACAUUGCCACAGGAUUCACGCCAGAUUCUCCCUUCUGUCGUUCAGCUUCUGAAGAAAUACAUGCCGCGGAGGAAGAGUGGAGAAGAGAUGAACUUUACUUACGUUGAGUGUUUGUUAUAUGCGUUUCACCACUUGGCUCAUAAGGCUCCGAAUGCUACAAACAGCCUGUGUGGUUACAAGAUUGUGACUGGCCAGCCAUCAGAUCGACUUGGGGAGGACUUCUCUGAGUUCUACACAGAAUUGACGGAGAGGUUGAGUAGCGUAGAAGAUCUAACCAGGGCUACCAUGAAAAAGUUAACUCAGGGAAUGGCUGAACAGAACAAAGCAAUGGCAGCUGCAAAGUCUGAUGAAGCAAAGGAUAGCAUAAAAACACAAAAACAGAACACUACAACUGGAUUGCGUACUUGCAAUAACAUUUUGGCAAUGACAAAGCCAUUGCAUUCAAAGGUACCAUCAUUUAUUGGAGAUAAGAGUGUCAACCUCUCUUGGAAAGAAUUAACAAAACCUUCUGUGCCUUCCACUACCGUCCAGGCUGGAGUGAAACGAACUGCUGCUGCUGCUGCUAAUGGUUCUGGGAACAUGGCAAAAAAGGGCCGUGGGGCUGGCAGCCUGCCAAAUCAACUUGUUAACAGGGCAUUGGAAGGUAUAUCCUAUGGUGGAAGAGGCGGUCCAAGGGGCAGGGGCAGGGGCAGGGGGUGGGGUGGACGUGGAAGGGGAAGAGGAAGAGGCUUUUGGUAAAUUGGAUGCAUUUCCACCGGAAAAAAGAUGAACUGGAAUUUGGCUGUGAUUGAGCUGUACUAGAAGCAUAUCCAGCAGGAGUCAGUGAUGCACUAAGAUUCUCGGGUCAAAUGAGAUUGAUAUAUACAUAAGAGGGAACUGACUUUUUCUGUUUUGUCGUGGACUAACACCAUCAUAUCCCCAAUUUCCUGUGAGCUUCUCCCCGUAGAUUGGAUUUUGGAAACCAUUUAGGGCUCUGAGUUCCCUCCCAAUCCUGACUAAUUUAGCAAUCAAAGUUGCAUUGCAGGACUUCUGAUUCCUUGUAUGCUAGUCGGGGCAUGCUUUGCUUGUAUUUUGUGUUGGUAAUUGUCACUCAGCAGCAGACUUGGAGGCUUGUUUAUUCAGAAUCCCUUUGUAUUUCUUCGUGGUUUAUGUAAGAAAGUAUUUAAUAGUUGAUACAUAUCUUUCUGGAGCA